UGGAUAUCAGAAGGUCAUAUAGUUACGUGUAUCUACGGCCUUGGUGACAGAUAGAAAUUCAUUUGCUAUUUUCGGUUUGCUGUAUCUGAAGAUCGUCGUCAAAAUUAAUCCCAGAGAGGGUUUUGGUAAAUGUAGGUUAAUGAGCUGCUACUAGAAAACUGAGAAAUAAUCCUACCUAUUCGGCAAAGUUCAACAAUGGUGUCUAACGGGAUGUUAACGCACGACUGUCCUUGAGUCAGUCGUAAAAGCAAUGCUACUUAUCAAUAAAGUGUUAACUUUGUGGACAAUAUGCUGCAUACUCUUAUUUUCACAAAUUCCACAGUCCAAUGGGAUUAUAAUCAGCAAUUGGUUGAUUGUAUUGAUACCAGUGUGCUUUGUGGAUUUUAUUCUACUCAUCACAAUUAUACUGUUCAUGUCUGGAAGACUUCCUGAAAUAUUUGGUGAUUGUGAUGCUGGGAGUAAACUCAAUCAGACAUUGACAUUGUGUUUUAUCCUGUGGAAAUUGGCUGGACAGAUUGUUCUUUGCUUGUAUUUCGAGGGAUAUAUAGAUGGUUUAUCUUACAAUAGAUUUCAACUGUUACAGCAACAACAACAAGGAAAUGUAGAACCGAGACAUCGCCUUGUUUUCCUAGUGUUUCCUCUAUGGACUAACAUGCUCAUAUGUUUGAUAGCAGCGUGUAGUCAAAUUGUAAAUAGCCAAAGUACAACAAUUUGGGCGUUUCGUACAAAUGAACAGCCAAAUUAAUGUCAUAAACUGGAAAAUCACCGGAAAACAAAAAUUUCCCUGGAAAACUGAUGAAUGCCUUUUGGUUCUGCCAAAUUUUUCUUACUUAUUAUUAAGAAUCCAAUUGAAUAUAAUUCUUGGAGUAAUGGUGUUAUUUUGUGUGACUUCCAGAUUGGUUCUGCCUGUAUAGCAGAUAAUUUG